GCGAAGGACAUGACACCAGGCGACCAGAGCGAUGCCUGACUGGCUUCACACCAAUGUCGGGCAGAGACAGGAAAACUGUAAUAAUGCACAGUCAGCCACGGCUAUUCUAUCUAACACCGAAUGCAAAGAGCGCAGAUUCACAGAUAUAUCUCAUCAUCUGAUUGUAACCAACACAACCAAUGGACAGGCAAUCAGGCAUAAUCACGGGGAGACCAAGCAGGAGUGGGAGAACUACAAUUCCCUGAAUGCAAUGCUGCGCAUGCGCAGAGCUUUGACGUAGCAGGGAGGCAACUUUAUACAAAUUGGAUUUGCCAAGUGAGAGAGAGACAGACAGAUAGUCAGAGAGAGGGAGAAAGAGAGACAGACAGACAGACAGUCAGUCAGAGAGAGGGAGAAAGAGAGACAGACAUUCAGAGAGGGAGAAAGAGAGAGGCCUGCUGAAAGAACCAUGUCAAGAAAUGUAAGUCACAGAUUUAGAUAUAAUACCCUCUAUUUAUAAAGUAGAAUGAAUAUACUUUAAAUUUUACCCGUAGAAUAAAACCAUUCUUAAAAUACUGUAUACUGGUCCUUACUUACAGUGCAGGAAGAGAAUCAUUUACAUCAUGCCCAUGGAAUAAAAUAUCCCCCCAAAAAAUACUUGCUGCAUAGAAUGCAGUUUAUUUUAUAUAGACUAAAGGGAUAUUUAAAAUAAAGUAAAAGAAAAUAUCCUUACUUUAUGUUCAUUUCUUUAUAUUGUGUGUGAAAUUAUCUAUCUAUCUGUAAUAGUUGUACCUUUCUGCACCAUAUGUUACACUGAAUUGACUUUGCCAUAUGUUUAUAAAAAUUGAGAUACAGUGUAUUUCACUAUUGCCAUAUGUUCCCUUUACAUUGGAGCUAUUUUGUGUAGUUACUUGUAAGUUGCCAUUGGCAAUAUUCUGAGACAUUGGAACCGUGUAACGUGAUUUAUUCUGUGAUUUGCCAGCAUCCAGAUAAUGUCAGGGAACAUACAACUAUCACUAGUGAACACAAACCAGGAUUUCUGGAGCGUCUGAGUGAUACUGCAGGGGGAAUGAUUCUGGGACUGCUUGCCUUUUCAUUAUCUUUCUAUGUUCUGUUUACUAAUGAGGUGAGUAAUACAACCCCCCAUCCUCAUAUGUAUAUGGUACUAUUUGAAAUGUAAUACUUCUCUAUAAAAGACAGUGCCUCAUUUCUUCACCCUAGUCACCUAAUACGUAUCGAAGGUCUUACAGGGAUCUUGAUGAUCUCUCAUAGGAAAACAUUUGGAAUCUAGAAAUUUGCAAAAAAAUUUAAAGGAACACACCAAGCACCAUCACCACAAUCUUUCUGUAUUUGUUAUGGUCUCGGGGUGCCCUGGAACUCCUGUCCCCCUAUUGUAAGUCAAGCCGUUUUUGAACUCCUUUCCUGGAGUCUGCUAAACACUGUCUCCCACUUCUACUACAAGUGCACGCGAGUCAGAAGUUCCUAAGCAUCAACAUCUAUUAGAUCUCCGGCCUGCAGUGCAAGGCUUAGCUCAUUGGCUGAGAGUAAUCGGCUGACUUAAAGUGGUAAGCUUGUUAUAUACAAUGCGUGAAUCGAAGUUAGUAACAACCAAACCCUUUCAGAGUAUGCUUUUUAUAUGUUCCAUGUAGCCACGAGAACCAUAGAGUAACAGCAGAAAUGUGCCCACUAUAUGCUGCAAUGAAUGAGACACUCAACUCGAAUUGCUAUCCAAUGCUUUACAAUUCAGAUUUCUAAAUCAAAUGAAUAUGUAAUAAUUGCAAUGUUAUGCUUUCUGAGCAGGGUCGUGCAGUACGAACAGCGGCAUCAUUGGAUGAGGGGCUAUCCAUUGUGAAUUCUUUACACAAUAUUCACAUGAUAGACCCAGUACAUGAAGGCAGUUUGGUGCAUUUAUCGGGGCCACUAACGACUCUGAAGGUUUGUAUGACUCUCCUAGGACAAUUUAUCCAAUAAUGUUUGUGCAAUACUGAGUAUAGACAUAAUUAGGCAAUACAAUCUCCAACAGUUUGCCCUCCAGCUAAAAUAUUGCAUUCAUAAUAAAUACGUGAAUUGUGUUUCUUUUUUUUUUGUUUCUCCUUCCUGUCACGAACGCACCCUACACCAAGAGUGUGUGUGACUUGGUUCUGGUAGUGAAAGGGUUAAAGUUCACUAUUUGUCUGCACCAGACCGGACGUAAUGAUAAAAAUCCCCCUUAACACCACCCACACUUAACCAUAAUAAUAUAUAUAUUAUUAUUAUUUUAAAGCUGCCACCACCAAGGAAUAUUUAUUAUGAGCAAAAAAAUGGUCACAGGGAAUACAAAAAUAUAGAAGACAAUUAAAUUGGUUACACUAACAAAAGAUACAAACAAAAAGGAUAAAAUAACAAAAGUCCUAAUCACUUACUCAAGGAAGAUGGUGACUGACUCAAAAUCUGAAGUUACCAAGCCUGGCCCAGAGGUGGAGAUAAGGCGUAUCUAUAAAAACAAUAAGUGAGCACCCCCUUGUGUUUUCACACCCACAUCAGUCUAAAUAGAAACUUUUGGUUCUAUCUCCUUGUUUGUGCUGGCCACAGAAAUAAUAAUUGCAUCUAUGAAUUUGUUAUAUUUUUUUCCAUUCCAUCGAUAGGUCAGCUUUCUCACAUGUGACCUAAUAUAGCGUCCUUUGUAAUUACUUCCAAAUGACUUACGUGAUAAUCCCCAUAUUUACAUUCUAAUUGAAGGAUUUGUUUUCCUCAUUCUAAAUAUGCACAAAAUAAGGUAUGGUUAUUAAUCUGUGAGUUAUUCUUAAGGUUUCUUUUUGGGAUAUGAAACUGGGACACAAUGAUUUUUUUUUAAUUUUAUUUUAAGGCUAAUGGCCAUUCAUAUCAAAGGACACCCUAUCUAAGAGGGAAUCUAGAUAUAUGGCAAAUUAGAGAGUUGGUUAAUAUUGAAACCAGACUUCCAGGUUACUUAUGUGUGACUUCUCACACCUUACAGAGUAGCUCUGUUGGGGUCCCAGCUUCAAAAAGGAAUACAAUUAAACUUUCUGGUUGAUGUUAGUGGAGACAUGAUACUUUCUACUUUGCUGCAUAAAUCAGACCAACUUGUGCAAGUUCAGAAUGUGUGCCUUGCAAUUCACUCUCUCUCUUAGAGAGAGACUGAGCUGAGACACACUGAGAAUACUAAAGCUGUUACCAGCUUAUUCAGCAAGUUUACUGAUAGCUGAACUUCCUAUCCCAUAAUAUGUAGUGGGAACAGGGUGCCUUGUCCCUGACUUUGAUUCGAGACCUGAGCCUACUACUGCCCAUGUCUCUUCUCUGUGCCAUAAGGGACCCAGGAGCCACUGUAACAACCAGGUGCCUCAGUGCCCUUUACCUAGCAGUGUGUUUUUCAUCAGCGGUAUCUUACAAUCAUUAGCUAGUCACUGGUUGGAAUGACAAAUAGAUCUCCCAAUCUCAUACAAAGAAACUAGAAAAAGGCAACUAUCUCAUUAACAAUAAGCAGGGGUAAGUAUUGUUACUUGCAAUGCACAGCGAGUGACACAUGGGAGCUGGAGUCCACCCAGAGAGUCCCUUUAAGUCCAGCUUAAGCCACUAGAGGCUUAUUCUCUGUAACAUUUCCAUUUCCAAGAAACUACAGUCUCUAACAUUUCCAGAGAAAAGGGACAGCAUUAAGCUGUAGUUGUUUUUGUGCUUACUGUCCCUUUAAAUGUAGAUGGGUUUAUUUCUAAUAUAUUAGAAUUACAAGUUUUAACUGUUAUAGUUUACAUUGUUUGUGUCAGUUAACCUUUUUUAGACAUUCUAAGCCUCUUGUGCAGAGUUCACGUGGUUAUUUUAUUAUUCAAAGAAACCUAGCAGGUUUGCAAUUCAGUAGCAUCUUAGCCCCUGGGUUGGUAUCAGGUUCACUUUUAAUGUUUUUGUUUUCUUCUGAUCGCAGCCUCUUUAUGAUCCCAAUUACGGAGUCAAUAUCCACUGUGUGAAAUUGAAGCGACAGGUAGAGAUGUACCAAUGGGUAGAAUAUGAAGAGUCCAAGUAAGUGUCUUUAAACCUAGAAUGUGAUGGCAGAUAAGAACCAUUCGGCCCAUCUAGUCUGCCCAAUUUUCUAAAUACUUUCAUUAGUCCCUGGCCUUAUCUUUAGUUAGGAUAGCCUUAUGCCUAUCCUUAUGCCUAUCCCACGCAUGCUUAAACUCCUUUACUGUGUUAACCUCUACCACUUCAGCUGGAAGGCUAUUCCAUGCAUCCACUACCCUCUCAGUUACCUCUUUGUUACCAUAAUAUGGUCUGUGUUCUUCAAAACCAAUGUUGGAGGGGUCACUGGGGUUAUUUCUAAUGGAAUUAAUCUCGGGGAGAAAGAUGUAGAUUUACUAAACCUCACUGAUAUUGUGUCUGAUUGUAAAAUCAGAGUUGGCUCUAGUAGUAGUAGCCGCCUUAAAGCAGCACUGUCAUGGCCGAAUCCCAUUUUAUUUUUAACUCCCCUCCCGACUCCACUACAUCUAACUGACCCCCUAGUCACCCCCAAAUGUCCCUAAGCCCCCCAUAUUACCUAAUUUUGUAUUCUUUAUUUUCUGCCCAGAUCUAUAUUCAGGGCGCCACCAUCUUUGUGUGGGUAGAGGAAGUCCCUGUGGGACACGUCAUCUGCCCACACUAGAUAGCACUGUGAGAUUCCCGCACAUGCCCAGUUAAACACUUGGACAUGCGAAUGGGAAUUUCAUCUAUUCAUUAAUUCGUCAGAAAGACGAAUGAAUGAAUAGAAAAAUCAGAUGAACAAACAAACACCGAAUAUCAGUGUUUGUUUGUUCAUUCAGUUUGUUACAAGGAGGGAGCUACCGGCGCACAGCUCCCUCCUUGUAAUAUGUAAAGAUAGAAGCGGCAGGGAGCAGUGCUCCCCACCACUUCAAAAGCCCCCCAUGUCCUUCCUCACUCUUUGGGGGUCAAUAUGGGUUAAAAUCUCCCCAAUGCCCUUACUCGCUAUACCGCGAAUAGGGGCAUGUCUACUAAACAGUGCCAGUGGCUGCUCACUGUAAAAAAAAAAACCUACUAUCUGGCCCCCACCCCUGUGCGGCGGUUGGGGGCCCUAAAUAACAAUAAGGGUGGGGAACCUAUUGUCCUCCCCCCCCCUGGCCCCCAGCCCUGGGUGGUGGGUGGGGGCCAUAAAGAUAAUGAGGGGGGGGGGACCUACUGUCCUCCCCCCGGCCCCCUCCCCUGGGCGGCGGGUGGGGGCCCUAAGACAAAUCUCCCCCCCCAUCAAAGGUGACUAGGGGUCCCCAAGCCCCUAGUCACCCACCCCAAAAAAAAGUUACCCCUACCUACCCCCCUCACCCUAAAAAAUAGUGAGGGGGGAAUAAAAUAACUAACCUGAAAAGAAAAUUUAAACUUACCAUUUGACGUCUUUUUUCUAAAAUCUUCAUUUUACAACCCCAAAAAAGGCCAAUCAUACCGUCAAACUUAAAAUAAAAUAAAAAACCUGAGCGCAAAAAAACCCACCAAAAAAACAGACGAAAAAGAAAAAACCAGAGCGCAAAAAAAAUAAUCCAUCUUCACCCAUGGAGGGUUCCGUGCAGACUGAGCUCUUGUAAAGCCUUGCCCCGCCCUGCAAUUAGGCUAAGAACACUCUGUCAUUUUACACAGCGUGGGAAAGUUCUUUGGAAUUUUCCCGCGCUGUGUAAUUUGACUCAGAACACUCUGAUUGGUGGGCUUGGAAUCUAACCAAUCAGAGUGCUCUUUGUCAUUUUACACAGCGUGGGAAAAUUCCAAAGAACUUUCACACGCUGUGUAAAAUGACACAAAGCACUCUGAUUGGAUGGAUUUCAAGCAACCCAAUCAGAGUGCUCUGUGUCAUUUUACACAGCGUGGGAAAAUUCCAAAGAACUUUCCCACGCUGUGUAAAAUUACACAAAGCACUCUGAUUGGCUUAAACCAACCAAUCAGUGUGUUCUUAGCCUAAUUGCAGGGCGGGCCAAGGCUUUAUAAGCCUUCCCCCUCUCUGCAGAGCUCAGUCUGCGGGAGCCCUCCAUGGGUGAAGAUGAAUUAUUUUUUUUGCGCUCGAGUUUUUUUUCUUUUUCGUCCAUUUUUUUUUUUUUUUUUUGCGCUCUGGUUUUUUAAUUUUAUUUUAAGUUCGACGGGUAUGAUGGUUUUUUAUUUGGCAUUUUUUGUGGCUGAAAAAUUAAGAUUUUAGAAAAAAGACGUCAAAUGGUAAGUUAAAUUUUUCUUUUCAGGUUAGUUAUUUCAUUCCCUCUCACUAUUUUUUAGGGUGAGGGGGGUAGGUAGGGGGUAACUUUUUUUAGGGGUGGGGGGGUGGGUGACUAGAGGCUUGGGGACCCCUAGUCACCUUUGAUGGGGGGGGGGGAUUUUUCUUAGGGCCCCCACCCGCCACCCAGGGUGGGGGUGGAGGGGAGGUCCGUAGGUCCCCCCCCAUUGUAAUUUAUGGCACCCACCCACCGCUCAGGGGUGGGGCCAAUAGGUUUUUUUUUGUUUGUUUUUUUUACAGUGAGCAGCCACUGGCUGCUCACUGUUUACUAGACAUAGCCCUGCUCGCGGUAUAGCAAGUAGGGGCAGAUCAUUUACUAAUACUAAGUAAUCUUUACUUAGUAUUAGUAAAGUUGGCUGAAAAACCCCUCACGUAUGCUGUUUUGGAGCUGGUAUUGUCAACAUUUCCCUUGUUUAACCUGUGUAAACCAUUUUUUUUUCUCCAGAGAAUAUGAAGAAAAUGGAGAAACCAAAAGGGAGACCAGAUACACGUACAGUAAGUGUUGGAUUUACUUAAAGGGACAAUGUAGUCACCAAAAUAACUUUAGCUUAAUAAAGCAGUUUUGGCGUAUCGAUCCUGCCCCUGCAGUUUCACUGCUCAAUUCUCUGCCAUUUAGGAGUUAAAUCACUUUGUUUAUGCAGCCCUAGUCACACCUCCCUGCAUAUUACUUUCACAGCCUGCCUAAACACUUUAUGUAAAGAGUAAUCUAAUGUUUACACUUCCUUUAUUGCAAAUUGUUUAAUUUAGAAUGUCUUCUCUCCUGCAUUGUUAACAGCUUGCUAGACCCUACAGGAGCCCCCUAUAUGAAAUUAAAGCUCAAUUUACCGAGCAGGAGAUAAAAACUUUUAAAGUAAGUUACAUCUGAUGGAAAAUGAAACCAUUUUGUUUUCAGACAGACUGUGUCAGUCACAGCCAGGGGAGGUGUGGCUAGUGCUGCAUAAACAGAAACCAAUGUGAUGUAACUCCUAAAUGGCACAGAACUGAUCAGUGAGACUGCAGGGGCAUGGUUUAUACACAAAAACUGCUUCAUUAAGCUAAAGUUGGUUUGGUGAUGAUAGUGUCCCUUUAAUCAGGGCUGUACAACCUGAUACCUGAACUACAAAUCCUCAAAUUCAUUGUCAGCCAUGCAGCAUUUCAAGGAAGCAUUUAUUGUGGGGUUGUUGGGAACACUGCAAAAACCAUCUCCCCAAAACAGGCAUCACCUUAAACUAAUGUCAAAUCAUCCCACUCGGAGAACACCCUAACAUAUUUUAACCCCUUAAGGACCAAACUUCUGGAAUAAAAGGGAAUCAUGACAUGUCACACAUGUCAUGUGUCCUUAAGGGGUUAAAGAAGAAGUGUCAGAGCCUAGGGUGUUAAUAUAUAUAAAUUUUUUUACUUAUUCCCUAUAUUUCACAAAUAUGUGUAUGCGAGAUCUCAAAAAUACAAUUUAAUGCAGAAAUCUGUAUAUUACUCUGUAUCCUGGAGUACCUCUAUCUUGGCUCCCUGUCAAUCAUAGAUACAAGCUCAGCCCUUUUUGCAUAAUAAAAAAUAAGUGGAAUAAUGUUUUUCAUUCCCAGUGCAGUGUGUAUCUGUGGACCUGACUGUGAUGUUACUUGAAUAACCAUUUAAAGCGGCACUGUCAUGGCCGAAUCCUGUUGUUUUUUGUUUUUAACCCCCCUCCCGACUCCACUACAUCUAAAUGACCCCAUAGUCACCCACAAAUGUCCCUAAGCCCCCCAUAUUACCUAUAUUUAAUCUUUAUUUUCUGCCCCGAUCUAUAUUCAGGGCGCCGCCAUCUUUGUGUGGGUAGAGGAAGUCCCUGUGGGACACAUCAUCUGCCCACACUAGAUAGCACUGAGAUUCCCGCACAUGCCCAGUUAAACACUUGGACAUGCGAACGGGAAUUUCAUCUAUUCAUUCAUUCGUCAGAAAGACGAAUGAAUGAAUAGCAUUGUCAGACGAACAGACAAACACUGAAUAUCAGUGUUCGUUUGUUCGUGCAGUUUAUUACAAGGAGGGAGCUACCGGCGCGCAGCUCCCUCCUUGUAAUAUGUAAAGAUAGAAGCGGCCGGGAGCAGUGCUCCCCACCACUUCCUAAGCCCCCCAUGUCCUCCCUCCCUCUAUGGGGGUCAAUAUGACCCCCAUAAUAGCAUAAGGGAGAUUAAAAUCUAUACCGCGAGUAGGGUCAUGUCUACUAAACAAUGAGUAGCCUGUCUUCUUUUUUUCCAAAAUCUUCCUUUUUUAGCCCCCAAAAAAGGCCAAAAAAAAACCCAGCAUACCCAUCGAACUUAAAAUAAAAUAAUAAACCGGACGAAAAAGAAAAAACCAGAGCGCAAAAAAAAUAAUCCAUCUUCACCCAUGGAGGGCUCCGCGCAGACUGAGCUCUGCAGGGCGUGGAAGGCUUAUAAAGCCUUGCCCCGCCCUGCAAUUAGGCUAAAAACACUCUGAUGUCACUCUUUGUGUCAUUUUACACAGCGUGGGAAAGUUCUUUGGAAUUUUCCCACGCGGUGUAAAUUGACAAAGAGCACUCUGAUUGGCUUAAACCAGCCAGUCAGAGUGUUCUUAGCCUAAUUGAAGAGCGGGGGAAGGCUUUAUAAGGCUUUGUCUUAGGGCCCCCACCUGCCGCCCAGGGGUAGGGGCCGGGGGGGAGGACAGUAGGUCCCCUCCCCUCCCCUCAUUGUAAUUUAUGGCCCUCACCCAUCGCGCAGGGGUGAGUGCUGGUGGGGGGGGAGGACAGUAGGUCCCCUCCCCCAUUGUAAUUUAUGGCCCCCCGCACAUUAUCUUUAUGGCCCCCACCCACCACUCAAGGGUGGAGGACGGGGGGGAGGACCGUAGGUCCCCCCCAUUGUAAUUUAUGGCCCCCACCCACCUCGCAGGGGUGGGGGCCGGUGGGGGGAGGACAGUAGGCCCACCCCCCUCAUUAUCUUUAUGGCCCCCACCCACCGCCCAGGGGUGGUGGACGGGGGAGGACUGUAGGUCUUCCCCUCAUUAUCUUUAUGGCCCCCACCCACCGCGCAGGGGUGGGGGCCAGUGGGGGGAGGACAGUAGGUCCCCCCCCCCAUUGUAAUUUAUGGCUCCCACCCACCGCUCAAGGGUGGGGGCCGGGGGGGGAGGACAGUAGGUGUCCCCCCCCCAUUGUAAUUUAUGGCCCCCACCCACCACGCAGGGGUGGGGGCCGGGGGGAGGACAGUAGGUCUCCCCUCCCCCUGAUUGUCCAUUAUGGCCCCCACUGCUCAGGGGUGGAGCCAGUAGGUUUUUUUUGUUUUUGUUUUUUACCGUGAGCAGCCACUGGCUGCUCACUGUUUACUAGACAUGCCCCUACUCGCGGUAUAGCAAGUAGGGGAAGAUCAUUUACUAAUACUAAGUAAUCUUUACUUAGAAUUAGUAAAUGUGGCUGAAAGACCAAUUUAGGUCUUUCAGCCUUUUGGAAGAUAACUCCCUAAUACCGUGGGAAUUAGGGCGUUAUCUACUAAGUGGCUGCAAGAUGCAGCCGCGGCACAAAUUGAAUCGGAGUUUCAUUCAUUCGAAUGAAAUUCCGAUACGAACAAAGUGCCGAACUGAGUUCUAAAACAAACGAACAUACUGUUCUCAUUCAGUUAGAACGCAAUUCGUCACUUUCGUCUAAAAUGACAGGAAGCAUCGCGAGAUCAGAGGAAAGGUAAGAAUUAUGGGAAAAUUGCUCUGACCAGCGGAAAUGAAGCACACUUUGCUCCUCCGCUGGUCAAGUGGAGGAAACCUCCAUAAGGCAAAGAGUCCCUACUUUAUCUUAUGAUUUUAAAGAAAACUAAAGAAGACAGGAAGAAAAGAAGAACAGAUCCUGAGAGAGGGGGAGAAGAGAUUGAGGAAAGGUAAGUUCAGCAUGACAGUUCCGCUUUAAAAGAAAAAUGGAACAUCACUUGUGUAAAAGGUCAACACUUGUUAUCAGUGCUUUUCAGUAUUUUAUUGAAUAGUGCAAUUUCUAGAGGAGUGAUAUUUUCCCUUUAAUUACAUAAGUAAGGGUUCAUACAUUUUAUACUGUCCUACAUAUUAAGAGGUAUACCUGUUCUAAUAUCAAGCGCGGAUAUUACCACUGUUAUACCAUACAGAGGCGCACAGUUCUCAUUUAUUAAUUUUGUUUUGGGACUGUGAAAUGCAACGCAAUACUAGUGUUCACCAGUUAUCAAAUGCAUUUGGAUUGAGUACUUUCAUUUUCAUUUAUUUAAAUUCUCCAAGACACUGAAUGGAAAUCUGAAGUUGUGAGCAGCCGGCACUUUGAUCGAGAGAUUACCCAUCUCAAUCCCAGGUGAGCUUUUCUGUGAUAACUGGUAUGUUGGAGAGUGCCGUGUGUGGUGUGAUAGGUGCUGUUUUAAUAUAAGGAUUGGUAAUGUUUGCAAAACUUGAUCAUGCAUAAUAAUGUUUAAAAGCAGAUUGGUUACUUGUUUUGUUUCAUUUUGCCUUUCAGUGCAAUGGCUGUGGAGUCCUUCACUGCUGUUGCUUCAGAGGUGAAUGUCGGGGCCUUUUUUUUGGGUACAGGUAAGAUGCUUUCUCCUCUCCUUCAGUUUGUCUUUUUGAGAAAUCUGUCCUCACUAAUAACUGUGUUUCUGUUGGGAAAUUCUCAUAUCCUUCAUAGUUGAAGCUCCUUAUCUAAACCAUUUUUGGUGGUCUAGCAGGAGGAUGAGUAUACCUUGGCUCACUUCUAUCAUACCGCUAGUAACCAUUGAGAGGUACAGACUUUGAUAUCCUAUCACAGCAAUCUGAGGAUUUGGUAGUGUUGCGCUUGGGAGCAGGGUAGUGGGAUAUUUUGCCACUGUGAACACAGAGGAAUGAGACCACAGAUCUCUCACCAAAGGAAGGUAUGCAACAACACAGGGUUUGUCUGUGGAUCAGGGAUGGACCAUUCAGAAGACAGCUAAGCUGUGGCUGCUAAUAAUGAAAUAAUUUAGGAAUUCUCAUCCUCUUUCUGAUAGGCCUCAUUGAUCAGAUUAACAACUUCAAGCAAAUGAGCCUGGCACAGAUGGGUAACCCUCAUGCAGACGUCACUGCUCAAGGGGACUAUUUCUACCAAAGUGCCAACCCCAAAAAUCCAGAGGUAUUAAUACGUCCUCCCAGUAAGUCUGUUGCAGCGAUUUUAAUGAGUCUGAUAUAGACCUCAAUUUAAUAAGCUUUCCAAAUGAUUCAAUAUUGUUCGUAUCUACAAAAAUUCCCUUAGACUUUAUUGUUGACUUCUGUAUAUAAAUAAUUUUAAAAGUUUUUCUAGCAGUAGUGAAUCACUUUAAAAGCUUAUAAAUCGAGGCCAUAGUUAGAAAUCUGAAAAUAGUGUAUGUGUGUGUGUGUAUGUGUGUGUAUAUAUAUAUAUAUAUUGAACAAAAUUAUAAACGCAAUACUUUUGUUUUUGCCCCCAUUUAUCAUAAGCUGAACUCAAAGAUCUAAGACUUUUUCUGUGUACACAAAAGGCCUAUUUCUCUCAAAUAUUGUUCACAAAUCUGUCUAAAUCUGUGUUAGUGAGCACUUCUGCUUUGCCAGAUAAUCCAUCCACCUCACAGGUGUGGCAUAUGAAGAUGCUGAUUAGACAGCAUGAUUAUUGCACAGGUAAGCCUUAGGCUGGCCACAGAUGUUGCAAGUUUGAGGGAGCGUGCAGUUGGGAUGCUGACUGCAGGAAUGUCCACCAGAGCUGUUGCCCAUGACUUGAAUGUUCAUUUCUCUACCAUAAGCCAUCUCCAAAGGCUUUUCAGAGAAUUUGGCAGUACAUCCAUCCGGGUUCUCUCAACCGCAGACCACGUGUAACCACACCAUCCAGGGACCUCCACAUCCAGCAUCUUCACCUCAAAGAUCGUCUGAGACCAGCCACCUGGACAGCUACUGCAACAAUCGGUUUGCAUAACCACAAACUGUCAGACGCUGUCUCAGUGAAGCUCAUCUGCAUGUUCGUCGUCCUCAUCGGGGUCUCGACCUGACUGUAGUUCGAAGUCGUAACCGACUUGAGUGGACAAAUGCUCACAUUCGAUGGCGUCUGGCAAUUUGGAGAGGUGUUCUCUUCACAAAUUGAUCCUGGUCUGCCAUCUGUACAGGGCAGAUGGCAGACAGCAUGUAUGGCGCCAUGUGGGUGAGCGGUUUGCUGAUGUCAACGUUGUGGAUUGAGUGGCCCAUGGUGGCGGUGGGUUUAUGGUAUGGGCAGGCAUGGUAUGGUAUGGACAACGAACACAGGUGCAUUUUAUUGAUGGGAUUUUGAAUGCACAGAGAUACCGUGAUGAGAUCCUGAGGCCCAUUGUUGUGCCAUUCAUCCAUGACCAUCACCUCAUGUUGUAGCAUGAUAAUGCACGGCCCCAUGUUGCAAGGAUCUGUACACAAUUCCUGGAAGCUGAAAACAUCCCAGUUCUUGCAUGGACAGCAUACUCACCGGACAUGUCACCCAUUGAGCAUGUUUGGGAUGCUCUGAAUCGAAUUAUAUGACAGUGUGUUCCAGGCCCUGCUAAUUUCCAGCAACUUUGCAUAGCCAUUGAAGAGGAGUGGACCAACAUUCCACAGGCCACAAUCAACAACCCGAUUAAUUUAGUUGUAAAAUUUUUAUUACCUGUUGUUUUUUAUUUUUUUAUUUUUUUUAUUAGUUUUCUUGCAACCUGAUCAAUUCUAUGUGAAGGUGAUACACUGCGUGAGCCAAAUUGUGGUCACACCAGAUACUGACUGGUUUCCGAACCUCACCAAUACAGUAAAACUGUACAUUUUAGAGUGGCAUUUUAUUGUGGUCAGCCUAAGGCACACCUGUGCAAUAAUCAUGCUGUCUAAUCAGCAUCUUGAUAUGCCACACCUGUGAGGUGGAUGGAUUAUCUUGGCAAAGGAGAAGUGCUCACUAACACAGAUUUAGACAGAUUUUUGAACAAUAUUUGAGAGAAAUAGGCCUUUUGUGUACAUAGAAAAAGUCUUAGAUAUUUGAGUUCAGCUCAUGAAAAAUGGGGGCAAAAACAAAAGUGUUGCGUUUAUAAUUUUGUUCAGUGUAUAUAAACAUGAAACUUCUUAGUUUUUGAGGAAUCAUCCUGGGAAAUAUGCAAGAAAUUCUAUAUUUUAAAUAUGCUGUAAGGUUAUAUAACGUACCAACUGUGGAAACCUCAGGGCCAAAAUCUUCUCUUUAGCUGUUCUCCUGUCCUUUCGCUUCUCUCAGAUUCUCUAAACAGGAAGCGUUGGACAAGGGUGCCACUGAUUAGCACAAUAUAUGUAGCUCCCCAUUCACAAAAUGCUUGUAGUUUUCUCAACCUGUCUGGAGUGAUCCUUUACUAUCUAAAGAUGUUUAGAUCUAGUGAUUAGGAAAGCAAUGGAAACUGUUUGACUUCAUCAUAGAGUUCCCAAAACAUCCCUGCAUUGUACCGCAGUGUGUAUAGGGACUGUGGGCAUUUCAUCAGGCAGCAUAGGAAGCACCUGGUGUGCCGAUUAUAUAUAAAUUGGGAAUACUGUGCUACAAUUAGAAAAAUUAUACUGAAAAAACGUGUUUUUGUUUUUUUAACAUGUCAGGCAUAUUUAAUUACUUAUUAGUAAAUGUCAACAUUUUAUCAACUGCUGUCCCUGGAACACAUAGGGGCUUAGUCACAAAACAGUGAUUUAUGCAAAUUCAACCCAAAAGGGUUCUAAAAAAUAACCUGCAUUAAAAUAUCUACAAAUAUCAUAUGAUGAAAGUUCUGGAAAUCUGAGUAGGGUAUGAAAGUAUGCAAUCACUUUUCCUUUAAAUCAUACAGAGUUACUCCUCUGUGCCUUUGUCAUUGUACAUUAUAGUUACAUCUUCUUGAUGCAGGUAGGAGACCUCCGCAUCUCGUUUUGGUAUGCUGGCGUUUCUUUGGGUGACACCCAGUCUGGACCUGUGGACUCGGUAACUAUACAUAAUUUACUUUCCCAAUACAGAAUUCUGGAACAGUUUGAAAUAAAACAUCUGAACUGUGUUUGCAGAGUGGCUCAGAUUUUUGUAACAUGGCUGGACAUGUUGUACAAGACAAGGAAGUGCUUCUAGCUAAAUUUUUAAAUUUUUUUUAGUUAUGUCCGAUAUAGCUGAGAUUUCUGAGCCUAUCUGGCUCUUUCUAUUGAGUUAUGUAGAGGAGCUUGAAACAUCACAUAAGUCUUUGCAGGAUAUACAUAGGAAACAUAGUAAGCACUGAGAACAUAAGCUGGAACUCUCUGGCUGCUUCUUAACUAAACAUCUGAAUGAGAAGCACUCUUGUGAGUGAAUGGAACCACACUGGGCUUUCUGCUCAUUUCUGUGAAUGUUUUCCAUCUGUAGACUUAAUAUACAUGUAAUGAAUGGUGUAGAUAUUUCUGUUAUUCAUUAUAGAUUUGUGAAUUUCUUUGUAUAUGCCAUAGUUCUGGUCCUUUUCCUUAAAAGAGCUUGCACGCUUUUAAAUAUAUGCUGGAUAUCAUUCUGAGCUCUCAGAUGUUUUUGGCGGUGACUAUCUUCUUGUUUCUUUUUCAGGUGAGUGUCAUUGCUCGGCAGAAAGGAGGAGUAUUGAGCCCAUAUAAAACCAAAUCUGGAGGCGUUCUAGAGCUGCUAUAUCUGGGGACACUCAACGCAGAGGUAAUUGGCCAAACAGAAAUGCAUACCAGUCUCUCUCUGUUUUUUAUUUCCAUUUUACUUUCCGACCUGAAUCCCUUCCUAUCUGUGUUCCUGGAGUGUGUCUCUCUGAACUCCCAAUACUCCAUCAUUAUGCUCAAUGUUUUAUUGAACAUAGUGCUAUCAUUUGCCAUGUCUCAACUGUAUGUGUAAACAUCUACAUUGCUCUCUACAAAAUGUUUUAUUCGCAAUUGUUUGAAAAUUUGUUAAAUCACAAAUAUUUAGCAUUUACAACAAGUGAAUGAAAUACAAACUACAAAACAAAUGAAUGCCAACAAACGAAAGCACUUUUAAGGAAGACUAUAGUCGGCGUAAUGUAACAAAAUACAGCAAUGUCUCUCACUCCACACAAAACAUGACUCAAAAAGUGGUUAUAGCUGAAAUAUGUGUAGCAGCUGUCAGGGGAGAUGGAGAUUUGUAUAGUUUUCAUAUGCAGAAGUAAAUGGACAGAGAGGAAGUACAGCAUCUCUUGUAAUGCCUCUCACUGAGGGCCUUACAGUGGUAUGAUGAGUUAUAAGCAAAUCCAUUUAAGGACAGAGUGGCAGGUGACCUUCUUGUGCCAUAACCUUCGCAAGGAUCAGUUUUUUUAUGCUUUGAGUGUCCCUUUAAAUAAGUAAACCUCUAUUAUAAACAGAGGACUAAUAUAACAUAAGGCCUGUACCUGAUGACAUAAGAUUCCUAGCUGAUUAAUCAGAAGUAGGACAUUACCUGACACUGAUUGGAAUGUUUCUAUUUUGCAUGAACAAGAAACCACGUGAUGAACAGGGUCUGAGCUGACGACUAGGACCUUGGUAGAUAGACAAGAAAAAGAGACUCUGAUGACUUAGAACAGGUUCAACAAAAUCUGGCCCUCCAGAAGUUGCUGAACUAUAACUCUCACGAUUCUCUGGCCAUCUAUUUUAUUCAAAUUACCAGGGGAUUUGUAGUUUGGCAACAUCUAGAGGGUCAGAAAUUGGAGAUUUGUGGAAGAUAGAAGCAGGCAUGAGGUGAUCAGGAAAUGAAAACUGUCACUUUCAGAUUAAGGUAGGGUAAUAUGAUGAUAUAGCCCUACAUUGAUUAUUAAUUUCCUGCAUUUUGUUUCACUUUUUCCUCUUAUGUAUAAUUGCACACAUUAAUACAUAUAAAUUAAAUAUUGUAUAUAGCUUUAUAGCUUCCCAGUGGGUUUUUGUUUUUAAAUCAGUCAUUGAAAAAAAAAUCUAUUAUAGUUAACAAAAAAAUAAGUAAACAAUGCUGUGUUUGAUAAAGGGAUAGGAUCUGUUUAUUUUCUCUUUCAGGAAAUUUUUAAUGCUGAACACCAGAGCAAUAAUUUAAAAACCUGGGCACUGCGGGGUGCUGGCUGGCUACUUAUGUUUAUUGGAAUAAGUUUAAUCACCAAGAUCGUCUAUACAUUGGGUAAGCUUGUUACUUAUGACCUAUAUGUCCGUGUAUUAAUGACUUUCUAUAAAUUUACUUAUUAUGUGGUAUCAAACUCCUCACAGUAAGCAGAAUUCUGACUUUGCAUAAAAGUUCACUGAAUAUAUGGUUAAAGGGACACUAUAGUCACCAAAACAAAGUUCGCUUUAUGGAUCAGUUUUGGUGUAUAGAUUAUGCCCCUGCAGUGUUAUCGCCCAGUUCUCUGCCAUUUAGGAGUUAAAUCACGAGUUUAUGAAGCCCUAGCCACACAUCCCAUGUUCUGACUCUCAUAGCCUUCAUGAAGUUUUCAUUUUUACAGAACAGUGUGUUUACUUUAGAAGUUUUUAUCUCCUGUUAAUUAAACUUUAAUCACACACAGGUGGUUCCUGCAAACUUUAAAAGGCAAUUAACUGAGCACAUUGUGUAGUAAGGGAAGUUUAAUAAAAAUCCCAGUGACGUCCAUCUCCAGCCUUUAUGUAACUUUGGCUGUUUGGUGCCUUUUCGGGAUUCUGGGUUAAUCAUUCUAAGUUUGAAUCUGACUCUUACAUUGUUUCGGGUUGCACAUUUAAUGCUUAUUUCCCAUUCAGGUGGCAAAUGAGUGGUCAUCUGAUGUCCUUGGGGGUUUCGUAUAACCUCCAGCUGGUCUGGUAUGGUUGGGGCAAAUUAUGAUCCCUUAAUUAUUAUCCCCCCAGUGCACUUGUCACUUACAUGAAAUGGGUUUCUCAAUACCUGCAAUAAUGACAAUUACAGGGUCAAACUGAGAGGGACAGUGCACCCAGACCACUUCAAAGAGCUGAAGUUUUCUGGGUGCCUAUAGUGUCCCUUUUGAUAAGCACAUAAUCUGUACAUUCCUUUGUUUGCAUGAAUUUGGAGUGGAUUUCCUAUGUGAUUUAGCGAUAAUAGUAAAGUGGACUUAACAUGCAUUUUGUUUAUUUAUUCUCGGGAAGCAUAUUUUUCGUGCAAAAAGUGUUUGUCCAUGACUUUUAAAUAAAAAUUGCAUGAAUGGUGUUGAUUACAGUUAAUUGGCACUCUUGAUAUGCAUUGUGAAAUGUGGUUGCCAAAGUAUACUUGCUGAGCACACUAGGCUAAUGGCACAACAUGCAUAUAUUGCAGUCAAUAGCAAGGCUGCAUACUGUAGGACAGUUAGAAUGUGUCUAUGAUUCGUAAGCACAAUCCUCAACUUCUUCUUAGAGCUCUGAACUUUGGAAGUUUGCAUUGGCCUUUACUUAAUGAGAAACGUCACUGCCUAAAUAAAAAAAUGACUGUUUAGUACAUAUACCCUCAACAUGCACGCACUUAAAGGAUCACUAUAGGGUCAGGAACACAAACACAAUACAUGUUUGUAUUCCUGACCCUGUAGUGUUUAAUUCACCAUUUUUGUGGCUUGCACCCCCUUUAGCCACCUUCAAACGGUGAAAACACCUUAUUUCCAACACCGUGCUGGUCUGCUGAUACUGGCCCCGCCCCCAAUCCGACAUCAGAAUUUUUAAACAAUCCAAUGCUUUCUCAUAGCCAAUCAGCACCUCCUCAGCGAUGCAUUGAAAAUUCAGUGUCUCCAUGCAGAGCGUGGAGACACUAAACGGCAGUGCUGCCUACUGCGCAGCACUGCCUCUGGAAGCACCUCCAGUGGAAAUCUGAGGCGUGGCCAUUUGGAGGUGUCCCUAGGGGGAAAUGUAAACCCUACCCUUUCUCUUAAAAGGCAGUGCUUGCAUGAAAAUGCCUCAAGGCAAUCAUACGCACCAGAACAACUACAUUAAGCUGUAGUUGUUAUGGGGACUAUAGUGUCCCUUUAAUUAUCUUUUUUCUGUUCUCUUAUCUGCUGCUUUUGCAAGCCCUCCCCUUCUAACCCCGCCCAGACUUUGUGACUGUUCAAUCACAGACUUUCAAUUCAGCUCAAUGAGAAGUCUUUGAGGUGCUGUGGGCAUUUGCUGCCUCUUGAGUUUUGCUCCUCUAAGCCAAAUAAACCAGGAAGUAACAGGACUGAACUUUAUUGUAAAAUGAAAAAAAAGACACACUUUUCACAUAUAAGGCACUUCAACAAACUGUCCCUUUAACUUCUAAGUGCUUUUUAAUUUCGGUGAAAAUUCUAAAGAGAGCAACCUGUGUUGUUUGUGUGAAAAGUGCAUACAGGAAAUGGCAGUCAACAUUUUCACAGAUCUCUGUGCUCAAAAAAGGUUUUUAGUAUGGUUUGACAACUUUGGUCCUCCAGGUAGCACUUCAGGUCUUCUUCUGCAGGGAAAUAAAGCACGGAAGAUGGCCAAUGACCACAUUCCUGUAGAGCUAACCACAUUUUACUAAAGAAAUUAUAUGGCUUUAUGGUGUUAUGCAUUCUCAUUUGUCCGCACUCUGCUCUAAUUUGCUUUAUUUUGUUGCUCACCAGUUAGUAACAAUAGGUAAAUUAUGAUAUAAUUCACAGAUAUAUCUUGUUUAAGUUUUCUUUUUUUUGCAUUGCUCUGAUAUGCCUCUUUCCUCUCUAUAUAUAGUGGACUGGUUUCCUGUCCUGCGUGACUUGGUCAGCCUUGGACUGAAGAUCUUUGCCUUGUGUGUGUCCACCUCACUUUCUCUCCUGACAAUCGCCCUGGGUUGGUUCUUUUAUCGCCCAUUGGUAUCCCUGCUCCUGGGAGCUAUCAGUGUUGGUAUUAUUGUACUGGCCAAAUCACGCGUUCCUGCAAAGAAGUACCAGUAGGGUUAUUUUCUGGUAACAUUUACCACUGGGAAGGAAAAAUCAGAUCUGGGAUUGUUAACAUGAAUUAUAUUCUGUGCCAUAUGUAAUAGACAUCUGUUCUUCCAAUGUUGGUGAGUGACUAAAGCGGUGAGGGCUGUGAGAUAAUGCUUGCGUGGCUUCUAUUACCAUUAUUUAAACUUUUCAGGUACUUAAAUAAUACACUUUGGAAUAAUAAUAAAACAAAAAAGAAUCUGUUAUUCUAUGGAACACAGAGUUCAUUGUUGGACUGAUAAGUCAACUCCAUGGUAUAACAACUUGACAAUGCACCAGUUUGUGUUAGGGACUUAUUUACUAAACCAGAAUUUUAGGUAAAAACAAAUAUUAGCAAUUUUAUUGCUCAUUCUCCACAGUUGCUAGUUCAAUGAAUAAAGUCUGUAAUGUUUGUGAGGACAUUUCUAACUGCCAAAUUUUACUACACUACAAUUCCCUUGAACAAUUGAGGCCACUCCAGGAUUUUUGGUUGGCAAAGUUCAUGGGAGUUCUAGUUCACUUUCCACUAUUUUGAUGUCCUGUGUAUUAUCUCAGAAGCUGAACGUGCACAGGCUUGGAACAAAAAUACACUGUACGCACGGACAGGGCAGUUUAAUAAUUCCCUAGUUUAAAAAAUAUAAUAAAAAAAAAUGCACUUUCAAGGUGGUAAUCGGAAACCACAAAGAAAAUCAAUUGUAUUUGGUCUUAGAACAACGAAAUGAAUUGCUAACUUUUUUUUUGUAUGCACAUUUAUGGGAACAUAUAUAGGUAAUGUGGAGUGCAGGUUUUAGUCAUUUGAGAAUGCUUGCAUCAACUUUUCCAGUAUUGUAUGAUUAACGUAAAUGUAGACAAUCAAGUUUGCAAAUCUGGGUUUAACCUGUUGUUUCUCAAGAGAGGUAAAUGUCGUGCCCAUUUGUAAUAAGUUUAUAGUAAAUUGUAAUUGGUUCGGUAUAUAAGGUAAAUUUAAAAAUUUAGAUAACAUUAGCUGAACUAAAUUGUCAGGUAUAAGAUUUUUCACAAUUUAGCUAUUUUGGCCAAAACAUUUUAAAUUCACUUUCUGACAUUAUACAGGAUUAUUCACUAAAGUAAGACUUACCAGGAAUUCGAAUUUCAAAUUCAAGGACAAAAUAGUAAAUUCUGAAAACAGAAUUGACAUUUUAUCUAAUGCAGCUAGAUUGUCCUACAUUUUAAUAAUCACUUUACAUUUCUGGCAAUUCUCUUUUUGUGCAUUAGAGUUAGUCACUCAUAAUGAAUUGAAAGGAAUGUACCCCCCCCGAGUCCCCCACCGAUACACCAGAAUAUAUUUGCCUGGUACAGAUCACGGUCAGUCCUGAGUCCAGUCUGCAUAUAGCAUUGAACACAAAGAUGGUUGUGUGUUAGUUUGUGAUAAAACUAGCCAAGCAUUAGAUUACAAUAUCUAGAAUAGUACAUAAUAACUUGGGAAUCAUGGAAGAAAUCCAAUCUAUUUUUUUUUUCAGUUUUGUGCUAACCCAACCCAACCUAUAGCCUUCAGAUUUGUAAGAAUACUUAAAAUCCCAAAUGAUGUGUCAUUAAUUUUUUUUUCCCCCAAACAUCAACUGUAAUAUUGCUUCCUGUUGAGAUAAUGCCAAAGAUAUAUAUAUUUUUACCACUACUUUGUAUCAUUUUGAUUGAAAUAAAAUGGACAUUUAAUGCCAGAAAUUCUACAACUUGUGUUUUAUUGUGAAAAUACAGUACAAAAUUAUUACUAAUUAUUAGAAGUCCUCCUGUUAAUGUUUAUCAACUGAAAAACAAUUUGAAAAAAAUGCCAUCUAGUGGACUAAGCAGCAGCUUCGGAUAUCAUAAGACACCUGCAGAUCAUGUCAUUUUACAUUAUGUAUUCACAGAUUAAAUAUUUAUACGACAGCUGGUUCCAGCUUGGGAGGAGCAGGGGAAUGCUAGAUGUCCUGUGCACACAAUUAGGUCCCAUCUGCCUUUUAAGCAAAGCAUUCUGUGAAAUAGGUGCAGGAUCUACAGCUAGGCUGGAACCUAGACAGAUCUUAUAACAUCUGAAAAUGUAUGCAUGUACUGGCCCAUUCAGAUGGCAUGGUGUAAAAAGAAACAUGAUCUACAGAUCAAGAGUACUGCCAUGCGUAAUGUAAGAAUCCUCCUCUUCUAGUGUGGUGGGCUGAUAAUACUCUGAUUACCAAACAUGAACUGUUGAUUUCAUUGCAAUGAACCCACCGUUAGGGCAGCAGUUUCUCCAUGCCUGCGAUCCUGAGAAAUGUCACAUCUUUUCAAAUGGGAACAAAUGCUUUGUUUCUCCUUUCUUUUCUCGUUUGCUUUUUUGUUUCACUUUUCCUCCUCCUCCAGUGUCUUCUGUCUGGCGGUUUUGGGGCCAGGACACAGCAAUGUCCUGAGCCACAGUCUCUGCUUGAUUUUCCUCAUCAGAAGAGAAUCCUUUGUCCACCGCAUUCGAGCUAGACUGCUCUAUAUCCUGUUUAAUAGAAAGUGCAAUAACUGUUAUAAUGUAUCCACAAAACAGUCAGCAUAUGUGUGGCUGACAAGGUUUCCUUCAGGCAAGUAAGUGUUAUUCAG